AUGAGGGACUCGGUCCCAGGAGACAACGUGUGCAAUAAAAACCCCUUUGUUCUCUUCAGCACGUCCAACGCCUGCAGCGAGAAGAUGGAAGCGCUCUGCUCAAACAGGGAGACAACCACAGCCCACGCUCUGCACCUGGUGCCCACUCAGUUUAAGAUGGCAUCUUUUAGUGGAAUUGAGCGGAAUCCCCUCUCUGCAUACAGACUAACUAAUGACUUCCAGAACAUUGAAACUUCCAUUCAUCUUCCAGUGACAAGAAUCUAUAAGGACUUCAUAUCUAAAGUCUUUGUCACCCCACAGAUGACCUAUUCUGAGAGUGACCCUGGCGAGAAUGAGACCAUCUCCAGUGGAUUCAUCCUGGUGGGGUUUUCGUACCUUGGUGAGCUGCAAAUCCUUCUGUUCCUGCUGCUGCUGGUCACCUACCUCAUCACCCUGAUGGGGAACCUGCUCGUUAUCACCCUGGUAAUGCUCAGCUCAUCCCUCCACACCCCCAUGUAUUUCUUCCUGGUGAACCUGUCCUUCCUGGAAAUCUGCUUCACCUCUGGUGUGGUCCCCCAACUGCUAGUUCACCUCCUGGUGGAGGAAAAGACCAUCUCCAUUGCAGGCUGUGCAGCUGAGAUGUACGUCAACACCAUCAUGGGCCUCACCGAAUGCUGCCUCCUUGCGGCCAUGGCCUACGACCGCUAUGCAGCCAUUUGUCACCCCUUGCACUACACGACCAUCAUGAGUGGCCGGGCGUGUGCACAGCUCGCGGGGGCUUCAUGGGGCAUCGGGAUCUCCCUGGAGGUAGCUCAGACCACGUGGAUCUUCAGCCUGCCCUUCUGUGGCUCCCACCGCAUCCACCACUUCUUCUGCGACAUCCCACCGGUGAUGAAGAUGGUCUGCGCCGACACAUCAAAGAUUGAUAUUCUAGGGUACUUUAUCACAGUACUUUUUAUCAUGGGCCCUUUCUUGAUGAUAAUCCUGUCCUACGUCUACAUUAUUUCCACCAUCCUGAAGCUGCCAUCCGCAGAGGGGAGGCGUAAAACUUUCUCCACCUGCUCCUCCCACCUCAUGGUGGUGAGUUUGUUCUAUGGAACGGCCCUUUUUGCCUACGUGUUGCCAAAUUCUAGCCCCACCGUCGAGAAUGAUCAAAUAGUUUCUCUGCUGAACACAAUAGUGUCACCUAUGUUGAACCCCAUAAUAUACACACUGAGGAACAAAGAGGUGAAGGGAGUCUUGAGCAAAAUACUUGAGAAGAGAAGACAAAGAGCAGGUUAA